AUGCAAGCUGCACCUCGCCUCGCCCGCAACGCCCUCCGACAAGCCCCGCGCGCCGCUCCAUCAUCACACCAGUCCUCGCCGACCGCCACCUUCUGCGUCGCUUCCACUCUCCCCCGGUCCAGCUUUGCAUCCUAUCCGACACCAGCAGCACACCUGUCCUUCCCUACAAGCCAUGUCCGCGGGUUCGCUUCGUCUGCCCGGAGCGAGGCGAAGGAGCCGCCCUCCAACCCGUUCGACGGUCCUCAGAUGCUCGAACACGCGCCGCUCUUCGAACGGAUCAAGGAGGUCCCUGAGGUCUUGGAUGCGAUCGAGAAGUUGGCUCGCUUGACACAUGAGAAGACGGGUGUCGAUCUCGCGGGAGGGCACAAGCCCAGCAUGUCGAUGAUGUUGCAGCUCGCACGCGACCCCGAACUCCGCGACGCCGCUCAACAUCUCAUGACGACGCUCCGAGCAGCAGGCGUCGAGUUCAACCCGGCAGAAGCGUUCAAGGCGCUCAGCAUGAUGGGCGGCGAAGGGUUCGACAGCUUGAAGGGCAAGGGUCUGGAUGCGUACCACGACAAGGUGCGCAAGGGCGAUGGCGAGGGAGAGGGCGAGGGCAAGGGGAAGAAGUAG